GUCCACAUACGUUAUGAUUUAUUUGGAAUACAACUAUAAUAGAAACAUUGCACGAGUGAAUGUGUGAAGAUACAUCAGAUUAAAAAUGCCAAGUUCGUAUUUAUAUGCCAUUAAUAAUGAAGGGCGUGUGUUUGGAUUAUCGACGUCGGGAAAUAUGUGGCGGGAAUUUAUGUAUUUAGGCCUUGAAUUUAAACAAUUAUCAGCUGUACCACAUUUUAUGUGGGCCAUUGGCGGUGAUCGUCAAGUAUAUGUUCACGUCCAUGGCUUAGACGUACCAAUUAGAAUCAAAGAAGAAACUUAUGAGAAUGAGCGAUGGUUGCCUUUGGAGGGUUUUUCUGGAAGACUGCUUCCGACUGACAGGUACAAUUUUUCCAAUCAAGAUGGUACAGUUGAUCGUAGUAGAGACAAAGUGAAAUUACCAUCAAUGGCUUGGCAAUGGGAAGGUGAUUGGCAAAUUGAGACAACGUUAGAUGGUCAGCCAUUAGAUCAUGAUGGAUGGACAUACGCAAUUGACUUUCCAGCUACAUAUACUACAAAAAAACAGUGGAAAUCUUGUGUAAGAAGACGUAAAUGGGUUCGUUAUCGGAGAUAUAGCGCUAUGAAUUCAUGGUGUGCUAUUGCACCUCUACAUAAAGAUCCAACUAAGGAACCUUUUAUCGAUAUAGCAGUGGGUGGAAAUCAAAUGCCUGGAAGUAAUUCGGGUAAUUUAGUAGUCUGGGCGGUAACGGCUCACGGAAGGAUCAUGUUCCGUGUUGGAACAAGUACAACCUGUCCUGAAGGACAAAGAUGGAGCUCUAUCAAAUUGGCAAAUGGCUACGAAGUAUGUCAAAUUAGCGUUGGAGCAACCGGUCUUGUUUGGGCUGUACUUAUGGUAGGCAAAGCGUUAGUUCGUACAGGUGUGACAAGAGACAAUCCAAUGGGUGAAAAUUGGUCGGAAGUGGAACCACCGCAGAAAGACUUGAGAUUGGUACAAGUUAGUGUCGGUACUGAUGCUGUAUGGGCUAUAACGCAUGAUGGCGGAGUAUGGUUUCGAAAGGGCAUUCAAGGUGAAAUAAGUGGCGUUUGUGAACAAUUAGCCACUGGAACUGGUUGGGUUGAAAUGUUAAGCAAAAUGGCAUUAAUAUCCGUUGCUCCAAAUGAUCAAGUAUGGGCCAUUGGCUAUGACGAUCGAUGUUUGUACUACCGUACUGGUAUAACACGUUCUGAAUUGACAGGAAAACGAUGGAAAUUAAUAAAUGCACCGUUGCAAUUGAGUAGAGCAAGUAGCAACGCUAGUUUGUCAUCUAGCAACAGACACAGCACUUGCGGCACACCACAACAACAACGUCAUCAAAGCUGGAGUUCCUUGAAUCGCCCUCAUAGUACUAGUGAAGGUACAAUGUUAAUUAGAGAAUGGGAAGAGCAAUCACGUUCGGCACCAACACCCACGUCUUUAAAAUUGUGGCAACGUACCGGUGACGGCAUAUCCGCAAAAAAUACUCAACAAACAUCUUUUGAAGAUAUAUAUCUAAAUGAAGAGAAAAAGAGAUCUACAAAUUCUGUAGACACAAGUGACUUAAAUGAAGCGAGUGUUGCUAAUAUAACUAUAUCUAAUGAAUCUUUAGCAAAAAGUGGAGAAUCAAUAAUUGUCUCGGGAAAAGGAAUGGGCAGUACUGUCAAGAUUAAUCCUGCUGCUUGGAGUCCUGUUCAUUCUGUCGGUUCUAUGGUAGGUGUUGAAGCGCAUCCAGAAACCGAUGGAAGUGUAUUUGACCCAGAUUUGACUGGAGAUUCUGGAGUGUAUGGCGAAGAUGAAAGUGCAGGGAUAAUAUAUUGGGCCGAAUGUGAUGUGUUGUGGUAUAAAGUAGAAGCUGGGGCAUGCUUCGUCGAUCCAACAAAUCCACCCAAAUGGAUUGCUGACAGCAAUAGUGCAACGCAAAGAGAAAUUGAAGAACUGUGGAGAAUAAAUAUUUUAGAUGAAUUAAAAGCGAGAUUAAAGAAAAUAUCAUUUGAUUCGUUGAUAGUGUAUGAAAAAGCAGUUGAAAAAUCAUCUUGGGUGAAAAGUGGUGACAGUAAAUGUAAAAUUAAAAACGGCAGUCUAUACGAAGAUUGCAAGAUUGAACUGGAAUGGAUAAGCAGCGAUAUUGGAUUAUUAGAUUCUGGAACUUUAAUCAUAUUAAAUUCAGAUGGAGUAACAAGCGUAAUACAAUUUCCUGUCUCGGAAAUUACAUGUGUCGUUUGCUGCAGUGAACCGGGUAAUCCAAAGGUAGCAGUUCAUACUCCUAAAUUAAGUCGUUCGAAAGUCAUUAGAUUACAAUUUGCCAGUGAUACAGAAAUGGAAGACUGGUUGGCGCAUUUAACUUCUGUAUCUUGUCAGAUGAAUAAUGUAUAUGGCAGACCUGGUCCGAAUUCCAUUUGGACCACAACUGCGUUAGGUGACGUGUAUGUAUUCGAUCCUGCAAUUGCAGAGGAAUGUCAAUUAUCUGAAGACGGAUACGUACAAGAAAUGGACAUUGCUGGUAAAAAUUUACCAUUUGAGAGCAUAUUACAAAAUGGUUUUGGAUAUGGUAGUACUCUAAGAAUUACAGUAUGCGUUCAUGAUGACGCUGACAGGUUGUCUUUUAAUCUCGUUUGUUAUACUACAACAUUCGUAAAACAAAGGACUGUGACAGACAGUCAUGACAUUGCUUUGCAUUUGAAUCCAAGACUCAAAGAAAACAUCAUUGUACGAAAUACAUAUCAAAAUGGUCAGUGGGGAGAUGAGGAAAGAAAUGGAGGAAGUCCAUUGAAAGCAGGCUGUGACUUCACGUUAUACAUCGUUUGCGAAGAACGCGGUUAUAAAAUUUAUAUUAAUGAUAGCGAAUAUACUUUUUAUAGUCAUCGAAUACCUCCAACCAGUAUUACACAUUUACGUAUCAAGGGAUUAAUGACUUUAUGUAGUCUCAUAUAUAAAUCUACAUCUGUAAUUGUUGAACCCAUUACAAUGUUUUGGAGACAAAUUGGUGGACAUUUGAAAAAAGUUGAGACGUGUUUCGUGGGUGUUACUUGGGGCAUUGGUUACGACAGUACUGCUUGGGUAUAUACAGGUGGUUGGGGAGGCGCGUUUCUCAAAGGCUUAGGAACCAGCAAUACCGGAAUAAAUACGAUGAUAGAUACCCAUAAUUAUUAUGUAUAUGAAAAUCAACGUUGGAAUCCAGUAACUGGAUAUACCGCACAUGGACUUCCAACAGACCGGUAUAUGUGGAGCGAUGCAACUGGACGGCAUAAAUGUACGCGAGAACAUACAAAAUUAUUGUCAAUGCAUUGGCAUUGGGUAUCAGAUUGGAUAGUUGACUUUCACACACCCGGUGCUGUUGAUAGAGAUGGAUGGCAAUACGCUACUGAUUUCCCAUCGCAAUAUCACGGUAAGAAACAAUUUACUGAUUACGUUCGAAGAAGACGAUGGUUUAGAAGAUGUCAGCUAACAACCAGUGGACCUUGGCAAGAAUUGGGAAAUACUAAACUCGUUGAUGUCUCUUUAUAUGCAACUGGAAAAUCUGGCACGGAUAAUCCUAUUUAUGUUUGGGCGGUUGCUGCAAAUGGUGAAGCUUUGUUCAGACGAGGUGUCUCGGAAUCUUGUCCGAUGGGAGUAUCAUGGGAACAUAUACCAAGUGAUCAGCCCUUAAUUAGCAUAUCGUGCGGUCCAUGUGGACAAGUCUGGGCUAUUGGAAAGAACGGUUCCUCCUGUUGGAGACUAGGCAUUAGUGCUGCAAAACCGACUGGUAUACAAUGGCAAAAUGUCGAGCCACCUUCAGGCGCUCAGUUGAAGCAAAUUUCAGUAGGACAUGAUGUUGUAUGGGCCUUAGAUACGAUUGGUCGAUUGUCAGUACGCCGAGAAGUACAAUCCAAUGUUUUCCCCGAGGGAACUCAUUGGCAAACAUUACCUGCUAUGCCAAACGAUCCCAUUCAUAUAGAUAUGUCAGUCGCAAAUGCUAAGCAAGGAUUCCGACAUGUAUCCGUUUCGAGGGAGCAAGGACAAGUUUGGGCAGUUUCGGGAGCCGGUAUUAUUUGUCGAAGAAUUGGUGUUACUCAUGAAAAUCCAGCUGGAACCGGAUGGGUAACCGGUAUAGGGGCAAACUGGCAAAAUAUAAGUCUUGGAGGACUUGUAAAUAAAACAAAAUAAUCUUUAUUACGUAUAUUAAUACUGCGUUAUAUAAAUAAUUGCGUAUAUUAAAAGCUACGAUAAUAUUAAAUAAUUAACAACUUUAUGAUUGCCUUGUAAAGUGUAAUAUCGCAUGCGUACACAUGUAUAAGAACACAGAGGUGUCCAUGCCAACACAAUGUUGUUAAUUUGUAAUCAAUAAUCGUAAUGGUAUAAGACAAAUUACUUGACAUCAUCACAUUGAAAACUUUUUCCACAAUAUGAUGGGUAUUAAAGAAGUGUUGAAACGAGAGAGAGAGAGAGAGAGAGAGAGAGAAAAUUAAAUAGUUUAUAAAAUAAGAUAUAUAAAAGAAUACACAUGUACAUCAUUUAAAUUACUUCUUGAGUUACAAUUUACAUCAGAAUAUACUUAUACGAUAAAAUAAUAAUGUCAUUGUGUGUGUAAACAUUUUGUUAUUUUUUUAGUAGUUAGAAUAUAACAGAUAAACGGAUAAAUGUAGUAAUAUCUGUGACUAGUAAAAUAGCCCAAAAAAUGCUUACAGAUAUACAAUAAAAUUAAAAAAUACUUUUCUGUGAUUGUGUAAACAUUCCAAUGAGCGUAACAAUAUUUAUUAAAUGAUACUUGAGAGCUACUUUUACCAAUUUUAUGAACCAAGAAACUCAUAAAUUCUUAUUAUAAUCACAGCGCUCAAUGUUACCAAUAAAAUGUUACGACAAUAGUUAUUAAUUUUAUUUUUUCUUACAGCCAAUAUGUAUUUCGUUAAAUUUUUUACAGAUAAAAUGUAAAACGUUUUGGUAAAAUGAGACUGUAAGAGAGCCAUCAACUAUAAUAUGUACAUAUAUUGUCACUGUAAUGAAGACAUCAUCAUUGUGUAUCUUAAAGUAUUAAUUUUGUUUACUAUUACAUUAAUGUAAGGAGCGCAAACUAUUUUUAUUUUAUAAAACAAAUAUCACAAUAAACUUUGCUUUUGUUAUGUAGCAUCGUUAUUAUUAUUGCUACUGCUACAUUAUUAUCAUUGUCGUCGUGAUUAUCGAUACUUAUUAGUACAAAUAUAUGUUGGAUAUAAUCGAAAAAUUUUGUAAAAGAAUAAUGUUCAAUUAUAGUAAUUAU